AUGGCUUUCUUAUUCAAAAAGAACAAGCAUCACCAGCAACAGGGUGCUGGCCAUGCACCCCAGCAUGGUAAUCAAGAUGGUCGAGGGGCAACCCCUCCUUCCGGUCCUUCUUCCUCAUCUUCUGCGAAUGGUACAUUCGAGCAGCGAUCCGCUGAAGUCAGGAACUCACCACCGACACAAACCCCAAUGUAUAUGGAUAGGGGAGACCCGAGGCAGCAUCAGCAACCUCAACAUAUGCAACAGGGACCACGUCAAAUCCAGGGACCAUCUGCACAACCACAACAACCACGUCCGGCAGUGGCUGCCAACAUAAAUCCAGAUCUUUACCCGUGGUCGCGGAAACCGAUGUCGAUAUCGUCAUCCGCCGGCUCACCCUUCCCGAGAUACGGUCAUUCAGCAAACUCGAAUGCUGGAAAGGAAGGCGAGGUCUAUAUCCUAGGAGGGCUCCUUAGGUCUGAGUCUGUUCGAGGAGAUCUGUGGUUAUUGGAAGGCGGUGGUCCAAAUCUUGCUGUCUACCCUGUCAAUACUACUGCAGAGGGACCCGGCCCUAGAGUUGGACAUGCUAGCUUGCUUGUUGGAAAUGCAUUCAUUGUUUUUGGUGGCGAUACCAAAAUGAGCGAGCAUGAUAAAUUAGACGAUACAUUAUAUCUUUUGAACACUUCAUCACGACAAUGGUCACGUGCACAACCGAACGGCGAUAAGCCAUCUGGACGAUACGGUCAUACACUGAAUAUCCUAGGAUCGAAACUAUACGUUUUCGGCGGUCAGGCAGAAGGUUCAUUUUUCAACGACCUGAUGGCAUUUGAUUUAAAUACCCUGCAAAGCAAUGCGUCUCGAUGGGAGAUGCUUGUUCCCAAUGCCGAUGGCAGCCCUGAUAUUCCUGCUAAGAGAACGAAUCACACGGUUGUCUCAUUUGGAGACAAGCUCUAUCUGUUCGGCGGCACAAACGGCUUGAUAUGGUUUAACGACGUAUGGGCCUUCGAUCCUAGAGCUAACUCUUGGUCACAGCUGGAUUGUAUAGGCUACAUCCCGUCCCCGAGAGAAGGCCAUUCUGCAGCCCUGGUCGGAGAUACCAUGUACGUCUUUGGAGGCCGAAGUAAUGACGGGACGGACCUAGGGGAUCUUGCGGCAUUCAGAAUACCUUCGCGCCGUUGGUAUACAUUUCAAAACAUGGGACCAAGUCCAUCGCCUCGGUCAGGUCAUUCGAUGACAACUUACGGAUCUAGAGUAGUUGUGCUUGGAGGAGAACCAUCUGUUCAGACUAACAAUCCUGAAGAGUUAACAUUUGUGUACAUCCUUGACACCGCCAAGAUUCGAUAUCCAAAUGACCAGCAAUUACAGGAUCGAGAUCGAGCUACAGGUCCAACUGGUACUGCCGUUCGCCGUCCUAGCGCGGCGGAACGUCCGUCAAAUAUUGGGGGGCCUGGGGGGCCGCCAACUCUCAGAAAAGUUAGCUCCGCUGGACCAGGAAGGGAGUCUUUGAUGAUGGGCCCGGGAGCACAGCUUCCCAAUGGCAUUGCUGUCAGCUCCGGACCUGGUCCUGUUGGUCCCAUUGGCCCCGUUGGUCCUGCUGGUCCUGCUGGUCCCAUUGGUCCCAUUGGUCCAGGAGGUCCAGGGGGUCCAGGGGGUCCAGGGGGUCCAGGCUCACGAUUACCGAGAGCUUCCAUAGCACAGGCUCCUGGAGGGCCACCACCUCAGCAGCAGGCACCAAAUCCCCGUGGUCCAGUUGGCCCACCCCAGGUUAAUGGAAGAUCAAAAACGCCUACUAGGUCCGAACAACGCCCUUCUGUCGAUACUGGACGCGGACAACCUGCUCCCAUCAAAGAAGGCAGCAGCUCGCCACCCACAGCCAACGAUCGCCAAAUGAAUAUGGCUCCAAACGGUAACCGAGGCCCUCCCGGGCCCCAGCAACAACAACCGCAACCAGUCGCUGCAGUCGCCGCUAGCGCGAGACCGGUUAGUCCACCGGAACGCUCAAGGUCUCGACAGAAUCAAACCUCCAUUGACAGCAUUGCGGCUCCCAUCCAACAAACCCUUCAGAACCAAAAAAUUCUCCCGAACGGACAGGUUCCGAACGGGCCUCAGUCCCCCGUUCGACAAGAGAGCAUUGAGAGCCGUGCUUCUAUGGACCCUCCUAUGGAAACCGUCGCUUACAAAGAGGUCGAAAACCUCCGGCAAAGGAACGCUUGGUAUGCAUCCGAACUUGCACUUGCACGGAAGCAAGGGUAUUCGCUCCAAAAUUCUCGUGCUUCGGAUUCCUUCGAGGAUAGAGCUGCUGAAGACGUCCAUGAAAGUGACAGACCACUUCUCGAAGCACUGGUUGUGAUGAAGACAGAGCUUCGAAAGGUCCAAGGGUCCGUCGAUGAGCAGGCUGUACUCGCCGCUAAGCGUAUUGCCGAAGUUGAACGCCAGCGAGACGACGCUGUUUCUGAGGCUGUUUACAUGAAAACAAAGCUAGCCGCACUUGGAGGGGUUACAGGAAACAUGUCUCCAAUCGACGUCAGUAAUAUGGAAGCGGACCGUGCAUCGGGAAUGGAGAGAAAGCUUGCGUCAUCACUAGCUUUCCAAACGGAUCUACAGGCUAAGGUUAGAGCGCUAACAUCCGAGAUUGAAGCUGAGAGGAAGGCCCGGCAACUCGCCGAUGACCUCGCCGCUGCUGCUCAAAGCCGAGUCUCGGAGUUGGAUGAUUUCAGGAACCGAACUUCCGAGCUUGAAAGCUUAAGAGCGGAGUUAAUUGAUGCUAGGAAGAUCCUUCGAGACGAAGAACUCACAAGGGCGCAAGCCGUUACUCAAGCUAAGAUGCUAAGCGUAGACAAGGAAGAACUUGCAGCAAAAGUCGAACAGUACAAGGAUUCUCAGACUGAUUACGUGAGCUCGAUAGAGUCUCUUAGAUCAGCCCUGGUCGCUACCCAGCAGAAAACAGAGCUUCUCGAACAACAAUUGGAGGAUGACAGGACUAUUCGGGAAUCCCAGGAUCGCAAACUCGCUCGGCUCAAGAGCGAGUAUGAAGAACGCUCCGCUGAUCUCGACGCCGCCAACCGACGGCUAAGAGAUGUAGAGGAGCUUGCUGAAAAGCACGCUAUAGAAGCUAAGAGCGCACGAGAUGCUAUGAUGGCUGGAUUGGAAAAAGCUGCUGGGCGAGAUGUUUCAAAUAUUACUGGUAGCGCCGCCGAAGAAAGAGUAGCAAUCCUUCAGGAUCAAGUCCAGUCAUCGAAAGACAUGCUGGCUAAGCACAAGGAGCAGGCCGAUGAGGCUGGAGAGAGGUUAGCACAUGCUAUGCAGCGGGUUGCUGGCCUGGAAUUGAUGCAAGCGCAAGCCAGCAAAGAGGCCAUCAAUCUCCAGAGGCGGAUGGCAGACCUACUCGAUGAAGGCCGGCGACUCAAGCAGGAAAAUUCGGAUCUCACUUCCAAGUUGGCUGAGCGACAGCUAGAUGUCGAUACCGUCAACUCGAAGCAUAAUGCUCUCCGCGAUCUCCUUGUCGAGAGAGGUAUCAAUCCAGAUAUCAAGAGAGAACUUCGGUCCCGAAAUGGAUUGGGAUCGCCUGGGUCAGGAUCCGCUACACCCGACCAGAUGCAUCGUCUCCGUGAACUUGAAUCCCAGUUAGAAGCUAGCAUCAGAGCUCACAACGAAACCAAGAACCUCGCCGAUCUACAAGCCCAAGAGGCCGAAAAGGUUUUCAGCUCGAAGCUUGAGGAACUGGAGAGCAACUAUCAGUCUGUUGUUAAAUACGUCAAGGGUACUGAGAAAAUGCUCAACCGUAUGAAGGAUGAGCUAGUCAAGACCAAGGCACAGAACGCAAAAUUGAUAACAGAAUUGGAAGAAGCUAGAUCCUCGCCUCGAUCUGAAGGUGUUUCGCUAAAUGAACCCAGUUGGGAGGCUGAACGUGAGAACCUUAUAGCUGAAAUUAACAGUUUGCAAGCCAAACUCUCGGAGAGUUCGUCAACAAUGGAGAGGAGAUUGCUCGAGGUCCAGAAGGAAGUGAAUGGACUCCGAAUUGAGAGGGACACCGCCAAGCAGCAAUCUACAACGGUCAAACUACAGUUGAUGGAGGUUUCUAGCCAGCUUGAGAAGCUUGAGAAUGAAAACGCAAUGCUCGAGACUAGAGCUAAUGAGGCGGAGAAGAAAGUAUCGACACUUCUUGAUAGGCUAGAGACAUCCGUUGAUGCCUAUAGAGAGUCGGUUCGGUUCGAGCGUCGCAAUGAUAACAACAACCAUGGCGCCGAGUACUCGGAACGAAACUCUUUGUACAAUGGAGCCGAAUAUCGCAACUCCCUCGCACUUGAUAGCUUUGCCUCUGAACUCGACGAGCUUAAAGCUUCUUGGCACGCUCGCAGCAGCGCCUAUCGAUUUUCCCCCACCUUAGACUUCGGCGAUGACAUGAAAACCCCAACGUCUACUAACGGGGGGGAGCUUAGCGCCUCACUUGCUGAGUGGCGGAAGCGGUUAAAUGACGAGGAAGAGGAGGCCCGGAAGCGAAGUAGUAGCAGAACUUCGGACCUGACCGUUGAACAAAGACCCACUGGUAUUCCCGAUACGACUCCAAAAACUAACGGUAGCGGAGCUCCUCAAAUAACCAUGAACUCCAACGGCAUGUUCUAA